ACAGUGGCCAGCCUAUCUGGAUGUGAGACCACAAACUCAGAGACCCUGGUGCACUGUCUGAGAGGCAAGAGUGAGGCAGAGAUUCUGGUCAUUAACAAGGUCUUCAAGAUCAUCCCUGCUGUGGUAGAUGGGGUAUUCCUACCCAAGGAUCCCCGAGAGUUGUUGGCUUCUGUGGAUUUUCAUCCUGUCCCCAGCAUCAUUGGUGUCACCAAUGAUGAGUAUGGUUGGAUCAUCCCCAUGAUCAUGGGCUCUGCUAAGGCAAUAAAGGAAAUAACCAAAGGGAACCUGGAGGCUUUAAUGAAGAAUACAACAGUACAAAUG